AGGAGUGAUCCGUUUACACUACUUUGCUAGAGCAGCUAUCUUAAUGGUUACUGCGUGGCCGGGAAGAAACCUGAUCGGCUAGAUCCAGCCGAAAGCAGGAGUGGACUUUGCGGCGAGAGAGAGAGAAAGGGGGGCGGGGGGGGGAACAUGUCUUCUGCCUCCCCCACGGACAAGCUCCCGAGCGCGGUGGUGAUCAAGCAAGAGAAUGUGAUGGAAAUCCUCUCCGAAGCAGGCACGGUGCCCCAGGAAAGGGCAGCCCUCCACUCUGCACCACCGCCCCCGCCGGCUGCUGCCCCUUUCCCCAUGGAGCAAGCAGGCUCCGCGGCUGCGGGGGAGGGAGCUGCGGAUCAGAUACGGCUCCACACUGAACUUUUGGCCAGGAAUCACCAUGCCGCCUCCGCCUCCUCCUCCUCUCCCUCCUCCUCCUCCUCCUCCCAGACCCCCCUGGCUUUCUCCCCGGAUCAUGUAGCCUGUGUCUGCGAGGCGCUGCAGCAAGGUGGGAACCUGGACCGCCUGGCCAGGUUCCUCUGGUCUUUGCCCCAGAGCGAUCUGCUACGUGGCAACGAGAGCCUGAUGAAAGCCCGGGCGCUGGUGGCUUUCCACCAGGGCAUCUACCCGGAGCUCUACAGCAUCCUGGAGGGCCACAGCUUCGACUCCUCCAACCACCCGCUGCUGCAGGAGCUGUGGUACAAGGCUCGCUACACCGAGGCGGAGCGAGCCCGGGGCAGACCCCUGGGGGCGGUGGACAAGUACCGGCUGCGGAGGAAGUUCCCCCUGCCCCGGACCAUCUGGGACGGCGAGGAGACGGUGUACUGCUUCAAGGAGAAGUCCCGCAACGCGCUGAAGGAGCUCUACAAGCAGAACCGGUACCCGUCGCCGGCCGAGAAGCGGAACCUGGCCAAGAUCACCGGGCUCUCCCUCACCCAGGUCAGCAACUGGUUCAAGAACCGGCGGCAGCGGGACCGCAACCCCUCCGAGACCCAGUCCAAGAGUGAGUCAGAUGGCAACCCUAGCACAGAAGACGAAUCCAGUAAGGGACAGGAGGAUUUAUCUCCACAUCCACUCCCCAGCUCGUCCGAUGGAGCUACCAGCCUAAGCCUUCCCAAUCACAUGGAGCCAGUGUACAUGCAGCAGCUUGGAAACACAAAAAUAUCUUUAAGUUCUUCUGGUGUUUUGCUGAAUGGAAACCUAGUUCCUGCCAGUACUUCUUCUGUCUUUAUUAAUGGGAGCUCUUUUCUUCAGGGACCCAAUGGAGUAAUCCUCAAUGGUCUUAACAUGGGGACUUCACAGACAGUAACUUUAAAUCCACCCAAAACAACUUCAAGUGCUGUGAGCAAUGGAGUGUCAAUCACAGACAUAUUAGUGUCUUCUUCUGAAGAUGUCAAGGACUUCAAAAUCCUCCAGGCUUCUGUGUCUAACACUGCAGCAGCACCAACACCAUACAGCCCCAGUAAUGUACCUGUCUCAUUUCCAGGGUUAAUACCAAGCACUGAGGUGAAAAGGGAAAGCAUACAAACUGUUGCUUCUCAAGAUGGAGGGUCUGUAGUUACUUUUACUGCUCCUGUCCAAAUAAACCAGUAUGGCAUUGUCCAGAUCCCUAAUUCAGGAACAAAUGGCCAGUUGCUUAAUGGAAGCAUCGGGUUUUCUCCUCUGCAGCUGCCUCCUGUUUCUGUGGCAGCUUCACAAGGUAACAUUUCAAUAAAUCCAAGUACAUCAGAUGGGGGGACUUUUACAAGUGAUUCUUCGACAGUGCAGCAAGGAAAGGUUUUCUUUAGCCCUCUUGCUCCCAGUGCAGUGGUGUAUACAGUUCCCAAUUCAGGUCAGGCAAUAGGAUCUGUUAAACAAGAAGGAUUGGAAAGAAGCCUUGUGUUUUCUCAGUUAAUGCCCAUCAGUCAGAAUGCACAACUAAAUGUAAACGUAUCUUCUGAAAAUGUAGCUGGUGGAGGCCUCCAGUCCAUGGCUUCCUCCUUAGUAAAUGUAACUCCCUCACAUAAUUUUUCCCUAGCUCCACCUUCUCUUUUAAAUGCUGCAGAACUGAACUCUGGUAUCUCAGAGAGUCAGUCUAUGUCAGCAUCUGUAACGAAUACAUCUACUGUGAUAUCAGUCAGCAACAGUAACUAUGCAACUCUUCAGAACUGUUCCCUCAUUACCAGUCAAGAUCUCAUGUCAAUGUCUACAGCACAGCCUGCGCUCGGGGAAAUAGUUUCUGCAACUGGAGACCAUGUCAGUCAUCCAUCUGCACAAGUUCAUCUGGAUUUUGUCAGAGAGCACAGGUUAGUUCUGCAGUCAGCACCUGAUGUCAAGGAGAAUUUCUUAUCCAAUUCUGAGAGUAAGUCAACCAGCAACUUAAUGAUGCUGGACCCAAAAUCCAAAUAUGUUAUGAGUAAUAUGGUUGACACGGUCUGUGAAGAACUGGAAACGGACAAAAAAGAGCUUGCCAAACUCCAGACAGUUCAGAUGGAUGAAGAUAUGCAAGAUUUUUAACUUUUUCUUGCGUUUGGUUUCAGUAGAUAAGUCUCCUCAUGAGGCCUUAAAAAGCAUCACGUUUUUUCUCAUUUAAAGAAAAUGCUAAUACAAUUCAAAACAGAAGAACAUUUGAGUAAUCUGCAUUAAAGUACAUGGGAAUCUACAAUAAUGGAAUUAGGUUGCCACAUUUUGUUUGCAUGCAAUAUGCUCUUUUAACCAGACUAAGGGAGGCAGGUUAAAAGAAAUACAAGCUAAACAACCAAGGAGAUGUGCGUUGCUCUGGUCUACUAAUAUAACCCUAAUAGUUUGACUAGAAUCUUCAUGCCACAACAGAAUUUCAUAAUUAAGUAUACACUCCUAAUAUUAGCUAGGAAAAUGAAAUAUCUUUAUAAAAAGGUAGAAACAAUGCAGUCUUUGUUGUUUACUUCUAGUCCAUGGGCAUUGAACAGAUUUUAAGGAAAUAGACGAUACCUCACAAGCUACUUUCAUGGUGUUUGAGGUUAAGAAACUAAACACAAUUGCAAAUAAUAUUGUUGCUGUUUUUUCCAGCAGACUUCUGUUCAUCCCAAAAAUCUUGCUUCAAACUUGUGCAGAUUUCUAAAUGUUAUGACUAGCAUUUUGCCAGUUCAGUGGAGAAGGGCGGCGGGGGGCACAUUUGAAACUCUAAUUAUGCAACUCUAAAGCUUUCACUCCAGUAUGAAUGUAAAUAUUAUUUCAGUUAUUAUAAAGGAGACUUUUUUAUUAGUACAAUGGAUUUUAUUUAUGGUUUACGUUGGUCUCUUUCACUUUAGAUACAGUGCAUUGAAAUGUUUUCUGACUGUUUAAUUUAUUUUUAUCGUUUGAACAGGAAGUAAACAGUUAUUUUCAACAAGGUUUUACUUUUUUGUAGGAUUUUCAAGUGAUGAGUUUUAUCAAUAGACUGUAAAAGAACAAUGUUAAUCACACUGAAGCUAGAAAAUGAACUCCCACUAUUGCAAGACUGGGACAUUUUUCUCUCCCAUCUUUGUGUUUGGGUUU